AUGGCUAAGUUUGGAGACGUCCUCUGUGCACUUACCCUACUUGUGUUGCUCCCCUGCUCGGAUGUUGCAUUGGGGCAGACUACUGACCCUUCCGAGGUCGAUGGGCUCAGGGCUAUCAAGGGAAGAUUAGUUGAUCCUAUGAACAACCUUAAGAAUUGGAAUAGGGGAGAUCCGUGCACGUCAAAUUGGACAGGAGUCUUCUGCCACAAAGUGAAUGAUGAUGCAUUUCUUCAUGUGACAGAAUUGCAGUUAUUUAAGAGGAAUCUCUCAGGAACUCUGGCACCAGAGGUCAGUCUUUUAUCUCAGCUGAAAACAUUGGAUUUUAUGUGGAACAACUUAAGUGGUAGCAUCCCAAAGGAGAUAGGCAACAUCGUUACGCUCAAACUUAUACUUUUGAAUGGCAAUCAACUCUCUGGUAUUUUACCAGAUGAGAUCAGCAACCUUCAAAGUUUAAACAGAUUACAGGUUGACCAAAACCAAUUGUCCGGACCCAUACCUAAAUCAUUUUCCAAUUUAAGAAGUGUGAAACAUCUUCAUAUGAACAAUAAUUCGUUAAGUGGGGCCAUCCCGUCUGAACUUUCCAGAUUGCCUCUUCUUCUUCACCUGCUUGUUGACAAUAACAAUCUAUCUGGACCUCUUCCUCCAGAAUUUGCUGAAGCGCCUGCCUUGAAAAUAUUGGAUAUUAGCUGGAACCAGUUGACAGGAUCUAUACCAACUAAUAAGCUUGCUUCCAAUAUCACUACAAUUGAUUUGUCGCACAACAUGCUCAGUGGAACUAUCCCACAGAACUUCUCAGGGCUCCCCAAUCUUCAGAUAUUGUCACUCGAGGAUAAUUAUCUAAAUGGUUCUGUUCCCUCGACAAUCUGGAAUGGCAUUGGGCUUACUGGUUAUAGAAGCCUUGUUCUAGACUUCCAAAACAAUUCUCUCAAGACAAUUCCGGCCGCAUUUGAUCCUCCCCCAAAUGUCACUGUAAUGCUAUAUGGAAACCCUGUGUGUGGGGAUACGAAUGGAGCUCUGAUAACCAACCUGUGCCAACCCAUGUCAGUAAACAUGCAAACAUCGAAAAAUGAACAAGGCUCUAGUUGUCAACCUUGCCCUACAGAUAAAAAUUACGAGUACAAUCCAUCAUCACCAAUACCUUGCUUUUGUGCGGUGCCACUUGGAGUUGGACUUCGGCUGAAGAGUCCAGGAAUCACAGAUUUUCGUCCCUAUGAAGAUGCCUUUGAGAUCAACUUAACCUCUUUAUUGCAACUGUUUCUGUAUCAGCUAAAUAUUGAGAGCUACAUAUGGGAGGUUGGUCCAAGGCUAAAUAUGCACAUGAAGUUAUUUCCAAGUAAUUCAAGUUUAUUCAAUAUAUCUGAGAUUGUGAGACUCAGACACAUACUUGCUGGCUGGGAAAUAACUCUUUCAGAUGUAUUUGGUCCAUAUGAGCUUCUCAACUUCACACUAGGUUCUUAUGCAGAUGAAUUUCCAAAUGCAGCCUCAACAGGUUUAAGUAAGGCUGCACUGGGCUGUAUCUUGGCUAGCUCAAUUGCUGGCGCUAUUUUACUUUCUGUGGUAGCUACCACGCUUAUAGUGAGAAGGCGUUCAAGACAUAGAACUGUCUCAAAGCGUUCAUUGUCAAGGUUUUCUGUCAAAAUUGAUGGCGUUAGAUGCUUCACAUUUGAAGAAAUGGCUAUAGCCACAAAUAAUUUCGAUCUAUCAGCCCAAGUUGGCCAAGGAGGUUAUGGAAAAGUCUACAAGGGGAUUCUAGCCGAUGGGACAGUUGUAGCAAUCAAACGAGCACAUGAGGAUUCUCUUCAAGGUUCAAGGGAGUUCUGCACAGAAAUAGAGUUAUUAUCAAGAUUGCAUCAUCGCAAUUUGGUUUCAUUGGUUGGCUAUUGUGAUGAAGAGGAUGAGCAGAUGCUGGUUUAUGAAUUCAUGUCAAAUGGCACUUUACGUGACCAUCUUUCUGCCAAGUCCAAGAGACCUCUAAGUUUUGGUUUGAGGUUGAAAAUCGCAUUGGGUGCUGCAAAAGGAAUUUUGUAUCUACAUACUGAAGCAGAUCCACCUAUAUUCCACCGUGAUGUUAAGGCCAGCAACAUUCUGUUGGACUCCAAAUUCGUCGCGAAGGUAGCCGAUUUUGGUCUCUCAAGGCUUGCUCCAGUGCCAGAUGUCGAAGGGACAUUACCAGCUCAUGUCUCCACUGUUGUUAAGGGCACCCCAGGCUAUCUUGAUCCAGAAUACUUCCUAACUCACAAAUUGACGGAUAAGAGUGAUGUUUACAGCCUCGGUGUCGUGUUCCUUGAAAUGUUGACUGGUAUGAAACCAAUUGAGCAUGGUAAAAACAUCGUGAGAGAGGUAAACUCAGCUUGCCAGUUGGGCACAGUUUCUGAAAUAAUCGAUGGCCGGAUGGGCUUGUGCCCCCCAGAAUGCAUCAGGAGGUUCCUAUCACUAGCAACCAAGUGUUGCCAGGAUGAAACUGAUGCCAGGCCUUCCAUGUGGGAGAUUGUAAGAGAACUUGAGCUCAUCCUGAGGAUGAUGCCUGAAGAGGACCUGAUUCUGCUGGAAACCUCAGAGACAGACUCGACCGAUGUCAGUAAAUCGUUGACUUCAGAGACUGGGACCCUCUUCAUCUCGUCACAGGCCUCUGGGAGUCUUAAUGCGAGCAGCAGCAUGAUCUCUGGAAGGGUAACUCCUCGGUAG